AUUUUCAACGACUUAUGCCCUUGCUAUGAGUCGGCCUCUAGUACCACGACGAUACGCUUUUUUUUUUUUUAGUGCAAUUGGACUUUGGGAGCAGCCACGGAGGGAGAUGUGGGAGGACAGGAGGAAAUGUUCAUUCGCUACUAGCUGAGAGCGUCAUGGGCAGACUACGGUCAUAACGAUGACUACGGUCCCUAACGCGACACAAGACACAAGAAAAUCACGAGCAACUUUAUCACCACCAACAAUCUACCAUCAGAACUACAAACAUCAAAUACGGGCACGGGAAUGCGCGCCGGCCCUCGCGCCACCCCAGGACGCCCAGGGACAAUCUGACAUCAGCCCCGCAGCCCGCAGCGCCCACAACAGCACUACCCAGCCCCGCAGCGAUCCGACAGGCACCGUGACAGGCAGCGGAAAUCAGCAUCAAGAUAGCACACGCCCAAUUGAAACCGCAGCAAAACCAACGGGAGCAACAACCGCAGCUACCUAUCUACUCGCAGGCAGGCAUGACGUCGCGCGCGAUGACGUUUUCAGCGCGCUAAGUUGCGCCGCCACCCGCCAGACCAGGCCGCCGGCACGCCAGGACGCUCGCACGCAGCACAGCCGCCUUUCCGCCGCGGCGCUCCCGCAACUUUGUCUCGACGUCGCCUUGUCGCUCGCCGACUUGCCCCGUGCGUGCCUGCCUGUGGCUGUCACUGUCAUCGGUGUCAAGGUGUCAGCCGCAUCGUGUUUCGCUGCUAUAUUUGGCAAGUCCGCGUGUCGUGUCUGUCUUGUCGUGUCGUCUUUCUUUCUUUGUACCCCGCGCGCCCCCACCACCGCACGGUUACGAGGCCUUGCGUGCCUGUCUGCCUGCUUGCGUGGGUGUGUGCUGUGCUGUGCUGUGUUCUUUUUUUCAUUCGUGUGCUGAUCUGAUGAUGACGGCGGAGAUACGCGGUGCUGUGCUGGGUGAUGGCGGUGAUGUUGGCUUUGUUGAGGCGGUCACUGCUAGCAUCCUGGUGCCUCGCUAGUGUGUGAGGGAAAGGUACGUAUGUGUACGUGUAAGCUGUUGGUGUUUCAUCUGUUUGGUUUGCCUGCUUGCCUGCAGCUUGCUGUCUGCUCACUGCUGGUAUUCAGGGACUGGUGACAUAGGUGAGGUAGGUGGGUGCCAUUUUGCGCUACCUCCGUUUAUGCUGUUUGUGCUAUUCUGCUGACCUCAGUACUGAC